AUGCUCUCUUCGAUAACGACGGACUAUGGCGACGCCCGACUGGAAAGGGGACUCCUGACGGCACACCAAGAGGACAAGAACCCAUCCACUCCAUCUGGACUUCAACAGCCCCGUCCCGGACCACCAUAUCCUCAACCGGAAACAGCCGACGAGUCCCGGAACAUGUCUUCCCUGAAGCGGAUCGUCAUGAUGGUCAUGCUGAGCGGGCUCCUUGCGUUUGGCUUCGCUCUGGCCAGGGACCCUUCCUUUUCUUCAUCUUGCCUGGGAUGGGCCUGUGGCAACGAUCAUGUCCACAUGAAAGCCUCUCGUACCUUUCUGGCAAAACGUGCCAACGACUCUGCCACCAACGUUACUGCGCCCGGAGCAACGACGGAGCAUAGUCCAUCUGGCGCCAGCACGGGACACCCGACGACGCCCACCUCAUCUACGACUCCGACUUCAUCUAGCCCAACACCCUCGUCGACCAAGAGUCCACAGUCAAUCUCCUCUACUACCAGCUACAUUGAAACGUCAACGCCUCCGCCCACAACACCACAGGCCAGCCCGACAAGCUCUGCUACUGCGAACUCAUCUUCCUCGAGCACCUCAACCAGCUCCCGAGGGCCUGAACCAAGUCUCCCUGAAGCACCACCAUCGUCUUCCGAGGAGGCUGUUUCCACUUCGAGCAAGAUCCAGAAGACCAUCACGGCCGGCCGGGUCGCCACCACCAGCCCGGUACCACACACUUACACCACCACCUUGCCCGACGGCGGUACUCGCACCGUGACAUCUACUUCUUGGGUGGCCAUUGAGCCCACCGGCCAGUCUGGUACCACCUCCGGACCUCGGCUGCAGAAUUACGCGCCGAAAGCUCAGGGUCACUUCACGCUCGUUCUUCCUGCUGGAGCUCUGGCUGUUGGCAUGUUACUGAUUUAG